AUGUUGUAUUUGCAUGCACGGUACUGCUUUGAUAAGGCCUCUCAGUGGCCCUCGCUUCAGCGGCCAGGGCCAGGAAAGGCCACCGAUGAAGAAAGGAAUUUGAUGAGACUGGGGGAAUGGGACUUUCCUCUUGUUCGACAACACAACAUGAAGGCGCGAGCAAGGAUCCGAUUGGCAAAUUUGGCCCCCAUCUCCGGUGUCAGCCCCAGAACCUCAUUCCAUCCGUGCCGGUGA